AUGGGCGGAAACGAACGCAGCGGCAAAGUCAACAAAGCAGACGGUGGGUUGUUGGUAGCUGUGGCGGAAAUAAAGGAUCCGUCUCAGUGUGAAUAUGUGAUCCACAAAUCCGCGUCCAUCGCGAAAUCCGGACUAGUAGGGUUGCGUCCUAGAGUCGCGCACAUACUGGAUCCGCCUGAGGAGAACAGUGGCGAAGAUCUUCGCAGCAAUGUCAAUAAGGCUUAUGCCGCCGUAGUUCUUACAUUUUGUAUAAUCUCCCUUCUUGUGGACAGGCACAAGGAUUUCUGA